ACCCAAAGCACACUCAUAUAAGCACCCCCCAAAAGGUUGAAACUUGGGGAGAGAAACAUUGAAAAGCUAUCAUUUUUCUUCUCUUCAUCAAUUGAAUUGCCUCACUUGUAUCUUAUCUGCUUCUUGAUUUUCCUUUUUUGGUGGUUAUUAGGAUAAGGGUCCUCAAGAUUAUUCAAUCACCUUCACCCAAGUUGAUUCUUGAGUCUUUACUAAGUCUCAUAGAAAGAGGAAUAAUUUCCCUUCUAUCCCUCUCUUUCUCUGUGUGUUCUGUGACCCAGUUGAUUCUCUUCUUCAUCUUUUCUCAAAGUAAAGGCAAAGAGGGAAAGAUGGAAAUGAUGCCAUACCAACUUUCCCGGUUACCUUACCAAGAUUCCCUCAAAGUUCUGGAGGCUGAUAUACAGCAUGCCAAUGCUUUGGCUGCUGCAAUUCCCAGAACCAAGGGUGGGACUCUUCUUCAAAUGAAAUUGGUUUACAAUCAUUUGGCUCCUUUCUUUAUAUUAUUUCUACAAUGGAUGGAUUGUUCUUGUGCAGGCUUUCUGCAUAGGUAUCUCAACCUCUUUCACGUACUUAUAUACAAGGUACAAAAUGAUGGUAGAUCAAACUUGUCUAGUCAUGGAAGGAAGGCAACCAUAGGGGACUUCUAUGCCGUUAUAUUGCCAUCUCUUCAGCGGCUUCAUGGUAGCUUUGAGAAGUUGGAGAAUUCUGAAGAAGGGCACUCAAAAAGCAUAAUAGAAGGUUCAAGCUAUGGCAAGAAAGUUAUUGAAGGUGAUGGGAAACUAACCAAUGUCGAUUUUCAAAGAGAAGAUGAAUGUGGGAUUUGCUUAGAGCCUUGUACCAAAAUGGUUUUGCCUAAUUGCUGUCAUGCCAUGUGUAUCAAAUGCUACCGCAAGUGGAACAGAAAGUCAGAGUCUUGUCCUUUUUGCCGUGGUAGUUUGAGGAGAGUAAAUUCGGAGGAUCUAUGGGUACUAACUUGUAAUGAAGAUGUUGUUGAUACUGAAACAGUUUCUAAGGAGGAUUUGUUGCGUUUUUACCUUUAUAUCAACAAGCUGCCUAAAGAUCACCCAGAUGCACUUUUCCUAAUGUAUUAUGAAUACCUUAUUUAAUUUUUUACCAAGUAAGAACAAAAAAAAAAAUGUACAGAUAGUAAAGUCCAGACCUGCAAAUGUGAAUAGAGUCUGGUUAAAACAGAGAAAAUACUAUGGUCAUUUCAUCACAGUUCUGGCAAGUGGUGAGAGUAAUUCUGGAUUUUUAGCCCAGAAAAAUCCACUCUUCUUAUUCCUGUGAUAUAUGUCCAUUGUAGACAUUGCUCUUCCAAUUAACUUGGAAUUCCUUGUUUGAGUUCUAGUAGCUAGCUAAAGUUUUCUAAGAAGCUAAUGAAGAUAUAAAUAAGGAUCCAUAAUUCUUAUUCUACUUGUGUUACACUUUGAAACAAAGUGAUGUUGAGAAUAUGAAUCCGUGUGAUUGUGUUGUAUGUUGGAAAUGUUAACGUGUGCAUAACCAUUUGAGGUAAAUUUUA